AUGGUGCUGCUGCUGCUUCUUCUUCGUCUGCUUCUGCUUGUCCAUGCCGUCCCCCAAUGUUUCUUCCCCCGGAGGCAGAGGGUAGUGGCGUCAUUCGUCACUCUCGUCACGGCAAUGCAAGAGGUCGUGGAAAGGAGGCUACGCGGCACCGACGAUUUGGCGGCUCCACUUCCCUACUGUCACCACUGCCUCCACUUGGCCCCGUCCCAUCUUGCCACACCAGUGACGAUGACCAACCAAGACCAUGGAUCCCUCUUGAACAACCAAGAAGACAUACUUGCCGGUCUCGAGAUCAAUCCGGCUUCUGCUACAUAUCACGCUGAGGACCAUUGCAACUGCUUCGACUACUAUACUCCACAUAAUGUUUCCCAAACACAAUUUUCCUCAAAUUAUGCCUUGAGCUUGCCACAACACGACCAAAUCAGGGCACGCCUGGCACAAACCCAGCAGUUAACCAACAACCUUACUCAAGUAUUUCCCAAUGACGUUCACACCACAUCCUACGAACACCAAGACACCCAAUCGGCACUGUCUGCCAAUCAACCUUCGCGUCUUGAACAAGUCUAUAAUGAAAACAAUAUUGACCUGCCAAUUCAAGCUGCGCAGGAAGGGCCGGCUGUUGGAGAGGCAGUAAUUGGUAACAUUGGGGCACCAUUUGAUGCCAACUUAUUGCAGUACAAUCCGGCUUUCGGUGUCCCACCCAACAAUGGACACGAAAGUUCAAACUCGCAUCUGAACGUGCUCGCAACUCCCUUUUAUCCCCCUUCCUAUGCAGAAAAUGGGCCCACUGACUCAGCUGAACAGGAUAAGACAUCCGAAGCGACGGAUGGGCCUCUGCAGAACAUAGAAAGAGAUGUAGAGUAUCGCCCUUCAUCGGGUGACUUUUCCUGGCAAUGGGUCCCAUACCCGCAUAGUAAUAAUAAUGACGGAAGUAUAGAUGAGAUUAUAAUUGCCUCCCCCUACAACAAUCAUUUUGCACUGUCAGGAUUUACCUCUACAUCACAAUACCCUCAACUUUACAGAGAUAAGCUAGCACCUAUGUCCAGCUCUCCACAGACUUACAAUGCUCCAUAUACUCAAUAUAUUGACAACGGCACGGCAUUUACAGGCGGAAUGCUCUAUAGCCCGCAACCAACUACCGCGCCAUCUCAAGUGUCUACAUCCAUCAGUGGCGCUGGGUCUCAACAUGAAUAUUCCUCGUCCAGCCUCACUCCUUCAUCAUCCGUUUGGCAGUCGCGCAGCAUUCCUUCGAGAACAACAGGGUGGGGUCGCAGACGAGCACCAUCACUAUCUCGCUCAAUUUCCGCCCAAACCAGUUUCAGUCACGAAUCAAAUGGCUCAGGACCAUCCAGGAGGGCCUAUGGGCAGUGCAGCAAAACCGAAGCUCUUGAGAUAUGCGAAGUAUGCAAGAAGAGGGGGUUGCCAUGCGUUAAACAUUUCUUCUUCCACGAUCUGAAUACACUGCCAGAAUAUCAAUUUGGACUGUUUCUGAUCAAUUCGGCAUUGGUGCCAGACAUCAUCAAACCCUUGUUGACUCAGAAGAUAGACUUCGCAAGAAGUCUUGACUACCUGGAUCACUUCAGCCAAUUUUGUAAGAUUCGCUUGCAAUCAGACGAAGUAUGGUGUGACCUCGAUCUAGUCGCCUGUCGGCAACAUUGGCAGCAAGCAAGACUGGACUACAACGAUCCAGAAGACCAUUGUACGGUGGAAGACUUUGUUACCAAUAAACAAAGAUGGCAGGACACUAUGAAUUGUCGUGCCCUUCUGUUGUUGCCACCCUCAGAAAACAACUGGGAUGACCCGUUGAAAGCUUUUUCGAGGCUGGAUAAAAUGUCAGGCCGACUAUCAUACAAUUUGAUUGGCAAGUCUGGAAGUGCAUCCGGAGCACGACCACUCAAUCUUCAAGACGACCUUGAGAAGAGCUUAUAUUUCAUCGCGAUGCUCUCCUUUGAACGGAUUCGGCAUUACAUGGAACUGGAAGCAUAUCAUUGCUUGGAGCAGGAACUAGUUCCAGGCAGAGUGAAUGAAAACAUCAGAGUCGUCGCGUGUCUAGGCGUGAUGUUACGCUCACUCCGCCGUCGUAUUGCAAUCUGUAAAGCCACUCGAAUAUGGAUUUAUUUUCAAAACGGUCCGCUCGCAAAGUAUCUAGGUUCAGGCUCAGAAGCAAGCAUUGACCCCCCAGUCAUCAGGCAAAUGAAAGAAUUUUGCUUCCAGUUAUAUACCCACUUUUUCUGUCGCUUCUCCAAGAUGAAUCCAGUCUCCAGGGGCAGGGUAUCGGAUGGGCAAAAACCCAUACAUCCCUUUACAGGAAUGAGAAUCAUGGAAUACCUGCCUACAGACGCAAGUAGACAGGGUUUCACCAACUGGAUGGCAGAGGGCGAAGUACCAUUCAGGUCACCAGGGUGGUUGUAG